CCCCGCUCCCCCGGCGCCGGGGUUCCGCCGCCAGCGAGGCCCCGCACCCCGCAGGAAAUGGAGCUAUGACUUCAGGACCUAUUUACUCAGCAAGCUCUCCUGUUGAAAAGGAAAUCGGAGAGGGAAACCACUUUAAGUCACCAACUGAUGUAUUUUUGAAGUUGAAAAAUCUGAGAUGCAUUAGAAUUCAGAGACCUCCCUUUGCUUAAGGAGGUGUCCUGGCAAUAACCGGGUUCAGCCUGCCCAGAGGACGGGAAGCAGGCUGCUUAGAGCAGGGACUCCACCAGCUUGUUUGCGCUGCUCGGGCAGAGAUGAGCUGGUUGGUUUUGUUGCACAGCUGAAGGGCUGUCAUGCCUAAAACCUGAUGUUCAGAAUUGUUUUAUUUUCCCCGUUUGGACGGUAUGGUGUGAAUAUGCGUUGCUUGGCAGCUCGGGUCAACUACAAGACUCUGAUCAUCAUCUGCGCCCUCUUCACCCUGGUGAUGGUGCUGCUCUGGAACCGAUGCUCCUCCGACAGAGCCAGUCCCUUCCCCCGCGGCCUCGAACGCCGAGGAGGAGCCGCCGCCGCCUCCGAGAGCGACCCGGCCCGGCAGCAGAGCGAGGAGGCAUCACCCCAGGAGCAGCAGAAGGCUCCCCCCGUCGCGGGAGGCUUCCACAGCAACAAAGCCCCGGGGCUGAAGUACGAGGAGAUUGACUGUUUGAUCAAUGACGAGCACACCAUUAAAGGGAGGAGGGAAGGCACCGAGGUCUUCCUGCCGUUCAGCUGGGUAGAGAAAUACUUUGAGGUUUAUGGGAAAAUUGCUCAGUACGAUGGUUAUGACAGGUUUGAAUUCUCUCAUAGCUACUCCAAAGUAUACACACAGCGAGCACCUUACCACCCCGACGGGGUCUUCAUGUCCUUCGAGGGCUACAACGUAGAGGUUCGAGACAGAGUGAAGUGCAUAAGUGGUGUGGAAGGCGUGCCGCUGUCCACGCAGUGGGGACCUCAAGGCUAUUUCUACCCCAUCCAGAUUGCACAGUACGGGCUGAGUCACUACAGUAAAAACCUGACGGAGAAACCGCCUCACGUCGAGGUGUACGAAACGGCCGAGGAGAAGGACAAAACCAGCAGGGCCGCGGACUGGACGGUGCCCAAAGGCUGCUCCCUGUCCACGGUGUCGGAUAAAGCCAGGUUCACUAGCGUCAAACAGUUUGUCGCUCCAGAAAACACCGAGGGGGUAUCUCUGCAGCUUGGGAACGCCCGAGAUUUCAUUAUUUCUUUUGAUCUCAAAUUCGUAACGAACGGGAGCGUUUCCGUGGUUCUUGAGACGACGGAGAAGAACCAGCUCUUCACCGUGCACUACGUGUCCAACACCCAGCUCAUCGCUUUCAAGGACCGGGACAUCUACUACGGCAUCGGUCCCAGGACUAGCUGGAGCACCCUCACCAGAGACCUGGUCACCGACCUGCGGAAGGGCGUCGGCCUCUCGAACACGAAAGCCGUGAAGCAGACCAAAAUCAUGCCCAAGAGGGUGGUGAGGCUGGUCGCCAAGGGAAGGGGCUUCCUCGACAACGUCACCAUCUCGGCCACCGCUCACAUGGCGGCUUUUUUCGCGGCCAGCAACUGGCUGGUGAGGAACCAGGACGAGAGGGGCGGCUGGCCCAUCAUGGUGACGAGGAAGCUGGGGGAAGGCUUUAAGUCCUUGGACCCGGGCUGGUACUCGGCCAUGGCUCAGGGCCAGGCCAUCUCGACGCUGGUGCGGGCGUACCUGCUGACGAAGGAGCACGCCUUCCUCAGCUCGGCUCUGCGGGCGACGGCGCCGUACAAGCUGCCGUCGGAGCAGCGCGGGGUGAAAGCCGUCUUCAUGAACCGGCACGACUGGUACGAGGAGUACCCCACCUCCCCCAGCUCCUUCGUGCUCAACGGUUUCAUGUACUCCUUGAUCGGGCUGUACGACUUAAAAGAAACGGCCGGGGAGAAGCUGGGGAAGGAGGCGCGGGUCCUCUACGAGCGGGGCAUGGAGUCCCUGAAGGCCAUGCUUCCCCUCUACGACACCGGCUCGGGGACCAUCUACGACCUCCGGCACUUCAUGCUGGGCACCGCUCCCAACCUGGCCCGGUGGGACUAUCACACCACCCACAUCAACCAGCUCCAGCUCCUCAGCACCAUAGACGAGUCGCCCGUCUUCAAAGAGUUCGUCAAGAGGUGGAAGAGCUACCUGCGGGGCGGGCGGGCAAAGCACAACUAGAGCUUCCAACCAAACCCCCCCCCCCCGGGUCCUGCCGCCUCGCAGAGGUACAGCUUCAAAGGUGGCGUCCUGAAUUUUUUACGGACCGUUUCAAAGAAGUGAUCCUUAGAACUGAUCUCCUGAAAUCAUUGCAUUCCAGUGUGAAAACGUUCGGGUCUGAUGGGAAGGAUUCGGGAACUCCGCCUGUCCUUAGUGCUCCACAGUGAAACUAUCCGCACGAAGCAAAACCCCUUUGUGCUCCUGAGUUCGGGGAUGAGUUUGGUUUGGUUUGUUGGUUUGGUUUUUUUUUUGUUUUUUUUUUUUUUCCUUUUCGUAGGAAAAUAUUCGCAGAAGCCAUACAGGUCUCUAAACUCCAGCACUUGCCUGAAAAGUUAGUCUGUGGCCUCUUUUAAAUUGGAGUUAUACGUGUAUAUGUUGCAAGAGCCUAACAGAUCAUGUGGUGUAACGCCGUAAAUGUGUAUUUGCUUGUAGCCCGGGUAGUGGAUAGUGUGUCUUUUUUAAGGUUUUUUGGUUUGUUUUUUUUUUUUUUUAGACAGAUUCUUUUCUUGGGGUGAAAAAUACAAUUUUUUUUUUUCUUCUUUUUUUUUUUUCUUUUCUCUCUCCCCCGCCCCCAGUUCUCUGUACGGAGCUCCUUUAGCUGGCUGGUUUCUUUACAGACGUGUGGACGGGAGACACGCAGGCAGCGUGCAGGCUUCGGGGGCUCGUCACGUAAGCACAACUCGGCGGGGCUCGCGGACCGCACAGAGCCUCCAACCGUGCCACCCCCCUUUUUAUAAAGCCAAUUUCACCAUCGCCCGUCAGGUUUGCCGGUGUCACCUCCGCCCUGGUCGCUGGAAUCCCUUGUCGUGGAGCCUGAUGUUUUAUACUGUAUUUUUUAAUUACAUCUGGGAGGUUUCUCUAAGCUUUGGCAAGUUCGUUCUUUGGGAGGCUUGUCUUGAAUUCCUGAGUGUGACGUGGAGCUCAUUUUGAGUAGUGCACGGGAAAUUCAGUCGGAAUGAAUGAAGGUUUUCCCGUGGCGGUUUUCAGUUUGAACCUGCUUGAGUAUGUCAAGCAUUUUAAAAAUUAAAAUUACCCCCAGGAGGCUUUCCAGCUCUGCCCGUGCUUUAAUACCAAGUUUCACCUCUCCCUACUGUCUUACUCGGAGUCUAAGGGGUCGCUGCAUCUCCAGCACUGGCUCCUUGGCCGUGCUUUGUCUUCGUGGCUCUGCCAGGCGAGCGAGGGCACCCGUGCAAUAACCGCACACCCGCGGCCGAACCCGAACGCUUUCGCUGGACUGUUGAAAUGCAGAAGAAACCAGGCCAGUUUCUUCUCCCCGUUCAUCGGUCCUGCGCACCCACCGGUCGUCACGUCAGCGUGUAGCCUCCUGGGUGAUCCAGAAGAGUAAAACCCACCGGUCGCAUCAUUAGGUCAGGGGUGUUUUGCCGGGUGGUGCAGCAAAUGCGGGGUUACCCGCGCUGCUGAGGCGCGCUGGGGUUUGCUGUGAGAGUCCUGGACUCGAGAGCUCCCGCCGUGGGAAGGACGUGUGUCAGCUCUGGGGUUUUGCCGCUGAUCCCGUUACCUGUUGUACACGUAGGUGGGGAUUAAGCUUAAGAUGUUCGUGCUGAGGACAGAAUUCAUUCAAAUCACCAAAAGGCUGGGCACAAGGACAAUAUGCAUCUUGAUUUCUUUUUUCUUUUUUUUUUUUUUUUUUUGGUGCUUCUUCGAUUUCUCGCAGAAGUUUGAAGCAACUUUUUGAUUACUUGAUCUUUGCAAGCGCAUGCUACGAUCGUAUCAAUUGAUAUGAGGAGUGGGUGUCACAGGAGAGAUUUCAAUACCAAAGGUAGCAGAGGUGAAUUUUUUUUACGUACAUGUGUCUACACACACACACACACACGUGCGCACACACACAAAACCCAGACAAAAUGUGCUUCCUUCACAAACGACUGGUCCUUACUGCAAACACAGGAACGUCUUUCUCCUGCACGUUUCCUCCCUCUUUUGCCCGUUUUGAAUUUGGAGAAUCCAGAGAGGCUCGUUGGGCCUGCCGCUCAAGAGAGUGCCUUACGGAGGCCACAAUUUCCAAUUUCUUUUUAUUUUUUUUUUUUUUUUUUUAUUAUUUUUAAUUAACGCCAGCUGAAAAAUUGCUGUGUCGCCGAUCUUGCCGUGCUUCGCCAGAGUCACCCCGGCAGCCGUGGGGUCGGUGAGCUGGGCGAUGGCCACAGCCACCGCCCUCGGUCCUGUCAGACCACCUUGUCCUUGACACCUCGUUGCGUUUUUGUUGGCCUUAGCACACGCGUAGCUCGAGCCGCCCACCCCCAGAGGCCGCCGGGGCCGGCGGGCGUUCGCCUGCGGUUUCUCCUGUUACUCUUUUCAGUCGAGUUGUGCAGUGGAAGAGGAUUCUUGGACAUCGGUGCCCAUAACUUCAUCGAAUUCACUUCAGUUGGUGUUUUGUUUUUGUUUUUUUUUUUUGUUUGUUUUCAGUCUUCAAACUGACGAAGGUCUUAGGGACUAAGAUCUGUUUAAUCUUUCCGUGGGGCUUUGCUGUACAUAGACUUCAUCGGAAACAUCGUGCGCAUGGGUAUAUGCAAACCAGUGACACACAAGCACAACUGUACAAGUGUGGCAGUGCUGUUUCUCUCGGCCAUUGUGCAAGACAUUCACUGAAAGCUGCUAUUUUCAUUCACCUUGUAAUUGUACUUUAUUUUUCCUAUGUUUUCUUUUUUUUUUUUUUUUUCUUUUCCACAUGUGGGAUAUACACCAUGUGUUAAAUAUGCAAUAAAUUGUUUACAGGAUGCUCUUGUAAAGGGUAGUCCUUUGUAAAGCUGUACAGACUUUGCAGUUUAAGCACAAUGUGCACAUGUUAGUUUUAUAUACAGCGAGACAUGACUUUUUGCAGUGGGAAAGGUUCUACUAUGUUUCUAUACAAAGUAAAUGGAUCAACGUUUGUGCUUAAUGUAAAGCUGCUUUAUAAGACUGUAAAAUAAAUUUUUUUAUCUUAA